AUAAUGCCCUCCUCUCCACUCAGAGUGGCUGUGGUCUGUAUGCGUAACAUAAACAGGAGCAUGGAAGCCCACAGCAUUCUCGGGAAGAAAAGUUUCAGUGUCAGGUCUUUUGGAAUGGGAUCCCUCAUGAGGUUCCCAAGACUGGCGCCCAAGGAACCAGUGGCUUAUGACUUUUCAACUUCAUGUAAUAUGAUGCAGAAGGACCUUUCCUGUAAAGACCGAAAAUACUACAAAGGGAAUGGAGUCUUACACAUCUUGAAAAGAAGUGACAGAAUCAAGCCUCACCCAGAAAGAUUUCAAGAGUGCAGAGAUCCCUUCGAUGUCAUCUUCACCUGUGCGGAGACAGUCUAUAACAGGGUUGUGGCAGAUAUGUGUGCCAGAGAUCAGGAGACCUGGCAGCCUGUGCACGUGAUUAAUGUGGACAUAGAGGACACCCUGGAAUUAGCCACCCUUGGAUCUCUGAUCAUCUGUGAGCUCUGCCAAGGUCUCCAGCAGGUGGAAGACAUGGAAGGCAGUCUGGCUGAGUUGCUCCAGGCAGAGAAGGAGAAAACAGGAGGGAACCUUCUUCACACAAUCUGCUUCUACUGA